CUUGGUUGUCAAACUGGGGGCCCGCGUCAGCCGCUCAGACCCUCCGACGGAGCGUGUCCGGUGCGAGGUCACCUGACCCCUGGCUCUCCGGUUUUGCUGAAUUGCGUUCCCACCGCGAGUGCGAGCAACGCCUCUCCCCCCUCCCCUCCGCCCCGAGACGCGGGGCGCUGCGCCCCUCUCCCCGACAGCACCCCUCUUUUUCGGAGGUCAGCAUUUGAUCUUCCACCGUAGUGCGAGCUGAACACAUGGAGUUCGGUCUGGGGAAUUUUGAUGGUGAGGAUUAUGAAGAUGAGAACCUAGUAAACUCUGAUGAGGUUAUGAAGAAACCAUGUCCAGUACAGAUUGUUCUUGCUCAUGAAGAUGACCAUAACUUUGAGCUUGAUGAAGCAGCUUUGGAGCAGAUAUUGCUACAGGAGCACAUUCGUGAUCUUAACAUAGUGGUAGUAUCCGUGGCAGGAGCUUUUCGUAAAGGGAAAUCAUUUCUACUGGACUUCAUGCUUAGAUAUAUGUAUAACAAGGAUCAUCAAAGUUGGAUUGGUGGAAACAACGAACCAUUGACUGGCUUUAAAUGGCGAGGUGGUUGUGAAAGAGAAACAACAGGCAUACAAGUCUGGAAUGAAGUGUUUGUGAUCGACAGACCUGAUGGAACAAAAGUGGCUGUGCUGCUAAUGGAUACUCAGGGUGCCUUCGAUAGCCAGUCAACAAUCAAAGACUGUGCAACAGUGUUUGCUCUGAGCACUAUGACUAGCUCAGUCCAGGUAUAUAAUUUGUCUCAGAAUAUUCAAGAAGAUGAUCUUCAGCACUUGCAGUUAUUUACAGAGUAUGGCAGGCUUGCAAUGGAAGAAAUCUACCAGAAACCAUUUCAGACAUUAAUGUUUUUGAUUCGAGAUUGGAGUUACCCUUAUGAACAUUCAUAUGGUUUGGAAGGUGGAAAACAAUUCCUUGAAAAGAGAUUGCAGGUAAAGCAAAAUCAGCAUGAAGAGCUACAGAAUGUAAGGAAGCACAUUCACAAUUGUUUCUCAAAUCUUGGUUGCUUCCUUUUACCACAUCCUGGUCUUAAAGUUGCAACUAAUCCUAAUUUUGAUGGGAGAUUGAAAGACAUUGAUGAAGACUUUAAACGAGAGCUUCGAAAUCUGGUGCCAUUGCUGCUUGCCCCUGAGAAUUUGGUGGAAAAAGAGAUAAGUGGAUCUAAAGUCACUUGCAGGGAUCUUGUAGAAUAUUUUAAGGCUUACAUUAAAAUUUAUCAAGGAGAGGAACUUCCACAUCCAAAGUCCAUGCUUCAGGCAACAGCUGAAGCUAAUAAUCUUGCUGCAGUAGCAGGAGCAAGAGAGAUUUAUUGCAGAAAUAUGGAACAGGUAUGUGGUGGAGACAAGCCUUACAUUGCACCUUCAGAUCUGGAACGAAAACACCUGGAUCUCAAGGAAGUGGCAAUUAAACAGUUUCGUUCAAUUAAAAAAAUGGGUGGAGAUGAUUUCUGCCGUCGUUAUCAGGACCAGCUUGAAGCUGAAAUCGAAGAAACCUAUGCAAAUUUCAUAAAGCACAACGAUGGCAAAAAUAUCUUCUAUGCUGCUCGUACACCUGCCACACUGUUUGCAGUCAUGUUUGCUAUGUAUAUAAUCUCAGGACUGACUGGCUUCAUCGGUCUAAACUCUAUAGCCGUCUUGUGUAACCUGGUCAUGGGUUUGGCACUGACAUCUCUUUGUACUUGGGCAUAUGUUAAAUACUCUGGGGAGUUCAGAGAAAUUGGAACAGUGAUUGAUCAGCUUGCUGAAACACUGUGGGAACAGAGGAGUCCCAGGAAGGUGUUUUCCAAACUGUUUGAAGUUACUAGACGCCGAAUGGUUCAUCGUGCUCUUUCAUCAGCACAGCGACAGAGACUGCCAUCCAACAAUAACAAGAAGAAAAAUUAGACAGUAUUUUAAACUUUUUUCUCUAUCUGAAGUGUUCACACUUAUACAUGUAGGACAAUAAGCAGGACCGUCUGGGCCGGUCUGCAUAAAUGCUGUGUACAUACCAGAUUUGAUGCUGCAAAUAGGGUAUUGAAGCCCCUGGGUGAUAAUUUGAUGGAGGAAAACAUAAGGCAGUCUGUAACAAACUCUAUCAAAGCAGGCCUGACUGACCAGGUG